AUGUUGCACUUCCCUAAAGGAAAGCUGAUGCAUGCUCGUGGGCCAUUGUUUUAUGCCUUGAUGGGAACCUUGCUGUAUUUUUGUUUUCAAACGCAAGACCAUGCCACUCAGCAAAAGAACGAUCGACCAUUUGCAGCACACCAGCACUUCAUGUAUUUCGGCUCAAGUGCCCAAACCUGCGGCCACCGCAGCCACCUGUCACGGAUAACCAUGGCGCGCGCCGUUCGGGGCCUUCUGUUAUUUGGUGGGUUGUAUCUUUGGCUGAGGAGCUUUGGUUCUGCCUUCACAGCCCCAGCCAGAAGAGGAUCUCCACGGUCACGGUGGACAGUCCUUCAUGCUGAGGGAGAUGAAGGUGCCAUGCUGGUGGAACACUUGCUGAAACCGGACGUGUUCCUUCUGGAUGUGCGAACUUUGGAUGAGUAUGCUGACGGUCACAUUGAUGGGAGCGCCAACAUUCCGCACACUCAGAUUGAGGCUAGGGCGAAGGAGCUUCCCGCAGAUACAUCGACGCCCGUGGUCGUCUACUGCGCAAAGGGCAUUCGUGCGCAGAUGGCCAAGCGAGACCUUGAAACAUUGGGCUAUACAAAUGUGGUGAAUGGUAUGACCUGGCUGCAAGUUCAAGAGACGAUGCAGCAGCUGUGA